UUUUCUUUUUCAUUUCCAUUUCCAUUUCCCUUUUUAUCUGAUUUUCUUGCGAUCCAAGAAACCUUCGCAGCUGUUUCCACCGUCCCGCUUUGUCUUCAAGCGCCGACAGAUCUUCAGCUUUUUCUCUCUCUAAGAUCGUUGAUUCUUCACUGAGUCAAAGUCUUGAGAUGAAUUGCGGAAAACCGAGUUAAUCGUGAAUGUGCUUUCCAUGGCAGUUGAAACCUAGGGUUUGGGGUUGCGGUUGGGUUUAGGGUUAGGGUUUCGUAGCCAUGGCGGCGGCCGGGGAGGAGGGGGCUUACUCCUACAAGGGCAUGUCCGCUGACAACAUCAAGGGUUUGGUUCUUGCGCUGUCUUCUAGCUUUUUCAUUGGUGCUAGCUUCAUUGUCAAGAAGAAGGGGUUGAAGAAGGCUGGGGCUUCUGGAAUCAGAGCAGGGGUUGGAGGUUAUUCUUACUUAUAUGAGCCACUUUGGUGGGUGGGCAUGAUAACAAGUGUUUUUGGGGUUCUUUUUUGUCUCUAUGGGGACUUGAACUUGGAACCUUUUGCAUCCCUUCCCGAAUAUCUUGCCACUUGAGAUAGAUCUCCAGGACAAAUUCCAUAUUCUUCUUACUUGAGAGGAAAAAGAAGUCCACUUCUUCCAUUCCAUGAGCAUUGUCUAUGCUUUUAAUGGAUGGGAUCACCGUAAAGCAAUUUUGGGGGAUUAUGCUCUCUUCCAAGAACUUAGUAGAACACAUCAGCUGAAUUUCUCUUGUAAAACAACACAGAUCUAUGAUGGUUAUGCACACAAUGUCACAAUGAUCACAAUUUUGAAUUCAAUCUCACUCUCUUUUUAAAUUGCAAUGUAAACACAUAGAUAAGGUGGAACAUUAAAUCAUUUUGCAAGACCAACAACAGAGAAAUUUAUGAAACAAGUAGAAUUGGAGA